AGUGAACGCGCGUUUUGUGUGCGCAAGUGCGUGCGUGCGAGUGUUGUGCGCGGCGGCGAACGAAACCAGCGGAGCAGCGCUUUGACGUAAAGGGGCGUCUGCUACGGCGAAGGGCCCGCGUUCCGGAGCCCGUUACUACGGCUGUCGGAGCCGAGUGCCCGAACCCAUGCCGACUCCGGAGGCAUCGAUGAGGCGCGGCGGCGGCAGUGCAAACUUGUCUCAACACUGCAACCGGUUUUGCCUCGCCGGACUCUGCGUUUUCGGAGCGGGCCGAUGGAGCGAGCGGCGUCCAUUCACUGCGCGUACGCGCGCCCUGCGGCGCUGGGGUUAGAGCGACGCCGUCCCGACCACUGCAGCCUCCCAUUCCGAUCCAGCUAGCCCGGGUCUCCUGCUGCUCUUGCAUCGAUCGUUCGAAAAGGUGGCGGUAAGCGGAGAGGCACGCUAAAUCCCCAUUGUCUCAAGGCGCGCGCGCGCGCGCGCGCUGAGCCGUGCGCCCACAUUACAACACGGGCUGCAGUACACAACGUAUCAUCCGGCCGGUUGCCACUUUGUUCCAGGCGCAGCGUUCCGGCACAGCUCGGAUCCGAUGGAGGCGAGCCCGGGAAACCGCGCGGCGUUCCUCGGGGAUCGAUUCGCCCAGCGCUACUGCUGCUGCUGCUGCUGCUGCUGCCCAGCUAGGUCGGACGCGAAGGCCAGGAAAUGUCGCGGACUGCCGGAUACACCGAAGCCGACUGGCAUCUGAGAACUCCGCUGCUUGUGCGGGAGGCAAGAGUGAAGAGCAGCGAAACGAGUGUGUCUCUUUGUGGUUCGAGUCGUGGUUCGGUGUUUUCCGUGUAUUACUCGGUGGCGCGGGAACGCGAGUCGGCCGUGGUUUCAUCAUGACAGCUAGGUGCUGUGCCGCGGCGUCCGUCGUCUGCUGCUGUGUCGUGCUCCUCGCGGCGGUGUCGGCGUCCGUGCCGCGCGCCGAAGCCGCCGAAGUGUACCGGGAAUGCGGCGGCGUGCUGCGCGGACCCCGAGGCGUGAUAAGCACUCCGGGUUUUCCCCGGCCUUACCCCGUACCCAUCGCGUGCCGGUGGGUGCUCGAGGCGGCUCCGCGGCAGCGGGUGGCGCUAUAUUUGACGCAGUUUUACAUGCGCGAAGGUGUGACCGUCUCGGAGUACCUCUUCUACUCGGACGAGCAGCUGAACAUGGGUGGAACGUUGAUCGGGUCCAUCACUUCCGAGUCCGAGCCCACGCAUGUGGUGAGCAACAAGCCCGUCAUGGUCAUCGACUUUCAGGUUCGCGAGCCUGGCAACAUUCAUCACCGGGUGUUGGACCUCUUCCUGGACGUAUAUGGAUUCAACCUGACGUACGAGAUGCUUGAGGCCAACGAGAGCAUGCGCGCUGACCUCUGUCUCCAACACCACUGCUCCUUCACGGGUGUGUGCCUGGCCGCGGCCGACUGGAGCCGUUACAGCUGCACCUGCCUCGGCGACUUCUAUGGCGACGAGUGCCAAUUCUCGCCGCGCUGCGGCCCCGACAGCAGCGGCAGCACCGGUCGAGCGUCUUCCUCCCUGUGUCACAAUGGUGGCACCUGCCGGUAUUACAUAGGAAGCAAAACCCAAACCUGUAUUUGUCCUCCCGAGUACAAGGGCAGUCGGUGCGAAUACCUGGCGCGCCCAGAACAAGCUUUAGACUGUAACCAGCUGAACUGCACCCAACACUGCACCGAAGCUGGGCCACAACCUCACUGCGAGUGCGAUCCUGGUUUUAGACUGGAUGAUGACGGCCGCACCUGUUCUCCUGCAAGCCGCACCCGUUUUCUUGUGCAAGUUAAACUUUACGACCGCAAUGUUGACCUGGCACGGUUGGAUUCAAAGAGCCGUUCGCAGCUGCAGGCAGGCCUGGAAGAUGCGUUGAAAUCCCUGUUUGCCAGCCACACCAAAGCAUUUGACAACUUGGCUGUACUCCAGUUCAUGGCGAAUGCUGUGGUCCAGUUCCACCUGUUUGGCCGUCAAGAAGAACGAUCCACCGUCGAGUCAGUCCUGGAGGAAGCGCUCAAGGGAGGCAAACUUGGUCCCUUUGCCGUUGACCGGGAGUUCCUGCAGAUCAGCCAAGAGCCAGCAAUGCACAUAGAGAUGAUGCAAGUGUCUCCACGCACACCUCGUGUUGGCGAGGAACUGAUGGUGGCCUGCAUGGCGGUUGGCUCGAGCGCCCUGUCCGUGCACUGGUUCAAGGAUGGCUUCCCUGUGGAUCCCGACGUUCCUUUCCGCUCCCUGUGGACCUCUCGUGUUGCCAAGAACCAGCGAGACCAGUACACCCUCCUCCUUGGCAUUGAUCGUGCUACAACCCUCGACAGCGGCGUCUUUACGUGCCAGGUCAGUGACUGGGGAGCAGUGCAGAACAAGAGCAUGCGGGUGCGCCUAGACGUAGCGCCACGACCCCUGGUGUCGCCGCUGGCGGUCACACUACUUGAGGGACAACCGCUUGAGUUGAGCUGCCUGUCCCCCCACGCGGGGGCCUUGGGUCCCCUGGGUUUCCGGUGGUUGCGCAACGAGCGUCUCCUGCCGCCCCGAAGCCCAGAGCUCACUGAGGACCUCUACCCAGCUGGCUCGCGUCUUGUCUUGGCUGAAGCCCGGUCAUCGGCCACUUACACCUGCGUGGCGACGGGCCCCCUGGGUUCAGGUCGUGCCGAUGCAUUCGUCACGGUGCUCGCACCACACGUGUCAGCGGAAGUCUGUCCAGCGGAGGAGUCGCACGGUGUCCAGUGGCAGCGCACUGCAGCCCAUUCACGGGAUGUCCAGGCGUGUCCACAGCCGCUGUACGUGGAGGGUCGGCUGGAGCGCCCCUGUCGCCUCUCGCUCGACCGCCAGGCCCUGUGGGGAAGCCCAGAUUUCUCAGGCUGCACUGAUGCUAGGCUGGUGCAGCUUCAGUGGAAGCUGGAGAGCAUGCGCAUGGGCUACCUGGUCUCCUCGGGGCAGCAGCUGUCCCUGGAAUUGCGGCAGUACCUGCAGGGGCGGCCACUUCAGCCUGGCGAGGGACGCCCUCUGGUGAGGUUCCUUGGAGGCCUCGUCGACUACCUGAGCCACCCAGUACUUCGGCAUGGGGGACAACCAGCACUGGCUGCGACUGACGCCAUUUGGGACGUCGCUUCACAUUUGCUGGCCCACAAGCCGCUGUUGUUGCAAGAUCACACGGUUAUAGAACAACUUCAAAACCACAUCUUGCGGUUUGGGCUCCUGGCAGCAGCGGCACUCAGCCCUGGCCGCUUCAAAAAUUUCGACCGGCCUGCUUUGGUGGUGUCCCUCGGACGGAUAACUCGGCACUCUCCAGAUGCGGCUGUGGUUCGGGUUCCCCUGCCUGGCGCUGCAACUUCAGCUUGGGCCGGCAACUCCCUGGAGCUCAGCAUGAAGCCGGAAAGCCAAGGUGAUCACAAGGAACUCCUGGUUGCGGUGGCUCUGUUCAAAACACUCAAUGAGCUGCUGCCUGAGCGUUUCCUUGCACAACAAGGGAACCUUGAAGAAAGUUCUCACGAACUUCACUCGCAUCUCAUCAGCGUGGCCUUCAGUGGCGGUGGAGGAGUUGGCAUUCGAGUCCAGUUGGUUCACGUCAGACCGCUGGUUGACCAAGAGGUUGUCUGUGGCAUUGCCGACCUUUCACACAGCAGGGUCCACUUCCUCCUCGACGGUUGUCGUGCUGAGACGCCAGGGCUCAACAGGAGCUACACCUGGUGUUCGUGCGACCGGCCGGGCAUGUACGCGCUGCUGGUUGGAGAAGAACCAAAGGCUGAGCUGCUGGAAGGCCAGGUGGCAGAUGUGGUGGCUGGUCUGGGCUGCGGCAUUUGCCUGGUGCUGGUGCUGCUCACCCUCGCUGUGGUUCUGGUUCGGUGCUGCCGUCGAUGGCGCAGCCAAGGCUCUUGCUGCGGCUUGGACACGCUGCACGCCCAGGUUUGCCUGGCCCUGUGCGGUGCGUGCCUCGCGCUACUCCAGGGCGUGCAUGGAAAGCUGACCCCCAGGGCAUACCCCUACAUCAUCUCCAUCCUGCAGCUCUGCCUUCUGGCAGCCUGCUGCUUGCAACUCUGCGUCGCGCUCGUGCUGUACGUGCAGCUCGUGGACGCCCGCACUGUGCACCACGCUGCGUUCAAGGUUGCCGCCCUGGGCUGGGCCGUGCCAGUGAUUGUAGUGGGAGCCAACCUGGCAGCCCAAGUGCUGGAAGGUUUUCGCCUCGAGAGCUGGUGGCUGACAUUGCGCACCCCCUCUGGACAUCUGUCUAACUACUUCUGCGCCUACGUGGCCUCCCUCGCCAUCAUUACAGCUCUUCAUUUCCUGCUGUUUCUGACCGUGCGUGGGGAGCUGCGGCGCCAGCGGCUCAUGGGCAUUUCCAAGAAGCAGGCUUCCAGCAGUCGGUCAAGUGUCCUGGUUGGUUCCAUGCUUGUGCUGGUGGCACUGCUGGUGGUGUCACUGGCCAGCAUCUUGUACGUCAACAUGGAGAACUCCCGUCUGCGCUCCUACGUGCUUGCCACUACCUUGGGCCUUCUGGGCCUGCUGGUGUUCUUCCUCUAUGUGGUGGCAGCCAGAGAAAAGCAGUCACCCUCGCCAAGCUUGCAGACCAGAAGUAGCGCCACCAAAGGCUUGGCAGGUCCAACAGUCCUGGCGACUGUGAUGGGUCGUGACGAAUCAGAGGGGCUGCUGGCCCAGGGAAAUGCAGGGCUGGAUCUGCCACGGUUGGAGGAGAGCCCCCAUGGUUCUCGGUCACAGAUCUUUGAGGCCAAAAACGAGGAUGAGGAAUCAUCUCAGCAGCAGUCGGAUCCUUCCUUCACGGUGACCGCUGUCUGAUUGCCGUCCUCUGCGUGUGUGUGUGUGUAUGUGUGUGCGCCAGGCGUCACAGCUGCCAUCGAACAAAAUAACAAAAGAAGGAAAAACAUUCAACGCACAGAACAGUCCUUCUCGCAACUAAGACACAUUUUAAUCACUCCCAUCAUCGUAAAGCAUUAGAUCAGAAGAGCCAUUUGCUCAUACCAUUCAUCAAAAACACUGCAGUCUUGCUGACUGCGGCAGUAUGCAUUCGCUCAGUGUUUUUUAGCUCAGUGUAUGGGACUCCCUUUCCCUUCAUUAGCACCCUGAAAACUGUUACACCUUUCAGAGUGUCUGUCUGUUUGUGCUACGACAAUAAUUGCCAUCAUCCGAGAGCAUCAAUCAAGGCCAUGCAACAUGGGUUGCUUUCCUUUCAGUAAUGUUGUGUGUAUAUAUAUACAAGCGUUACAAGAAAGGAGUAGUCACAAGAAGCUUAAGAAGGGAGAUGCGUAUGACUAGAGGGAGGAUCAAGUACACCUCAAAACAUGCAACAUCUUUUAGAUUAUGAACGGAGCACUGACACAGUUACACAUUGCAGAAAGAUGCCCCGUAUAGCUGUGUGCCAAAAGUAUAUUUCACUGGUGUGCUGCUGCAAAAGCAGAAACUUAAGUUUCACUUCAACGGUGAAAAUUUUAAUAACCUGUUCUUAACUUCUCUACUCCAGGUUUUACUUGUGUUCGCCAAGAGCACGCCUCUCAUUGUCAUUUUCUUUAUCAAACCAAGACUUUUUAUCACACUUAAACUUUACUUAAAAACAUGCAAGAUGAUACUGCAAAUUCUCGUUAGUUUUCUUUACAACACAUUUUGUAACUAAUCUUUAGCCUUUCCCCGUUUUUCUAGCCUAGGCCUCAUUCUUAACAUGCAAAACAUUUUAUAAAGGCAGAGUUACUUUCUCCUCGCAUUACCGCACAGUUCACACUUCUUACUGCAUUAACAUUACAUUAAAGCCAUUUAGUGCAUCUUAAUGCAUUAGCAUUAAGUAGGUACCACGAGCAUUCACACUAAUAUGUCAUUGCCAGCCUCUAGUCCCUCUCGUUUGACCAGCUUGUACUGUUGAGAGUGGCCAGCUGAAUGGCUGUGUCAGUGUUCCUUCUGGCAUUAGCAUUACCCAAUACCAUAAGAAACAGAGACUUAAGGCUUGACUUAAUAAUUACCACAGUCAUGACUAAGUCUAGGUGGCCGGGUCUGUUGUUCAGCACCUGCGUUUUUGCAACACAACUUGCCACUGUGGGGCCACUAAUUUUGUGCUCAAUUUGGUGCACGUUCAUGUAAUCACCACCAAGGCUGACCACCCCCACUUUUUCCCGUGUUGUUGUCAGUGAGUGGUGUCAACAGUUGUGUGUGCCCACAUUGUGAGUCGUUAAGAGGGGCUGAAGAGACAUCUCCAUGUUCUUCGUUUUCAUUGAGCGCAUUUUAUCCGUGCAAGCGUGCACAUGCAAAGUCUGUGGGAUGCGCUAACGUUUGCAAUCAUUCAAGCGAAGUGGUUGUCAUUAAUUCAUGUGUGGCUUUAAACAUGUCUUGUGUAUUCAUUUCUUGAGGAGCUCUUUGGCUGUUGGUUUUAAUGUUUGACAGUGCUUACUAUUUCAUUUCGACAGACUUGCCUGUUCUGGCACUGAAGUUCCUUCAGAACCACAGUUGUAGGCCGUAGAGGCUGUUGGCCGUGUUGUUUUCUUUCAGGGCUUCUUGAAGUUGUGAUUGUUUAAAGUGCUGUCCCAAACUACCUUGUGUAAGGAGCUGUUCAAGUUGUUUCGUUCUCCGAAAACUACUGCAGCAUUCUUUACAACUGUUUUGACUGAAAGAAAUUUGACAUCUCAUAAGUCCUUCCAUGUGGGCCUGUCUUAUCACAGUGAAAGUUAGCUUUGUUUUAUAUUUAUUAUGCUUCCAUGUUAUUUAUUUAAGGCAUGUGCAAAUCGCAGUUGCCCCUUAUUUGUAUUCAAGUUGUUCUUGUGGAUUUUUAUUAUGUACUGUGAUGCUUUUAAAGACAUGAUGGCAUCUUGCAUAGUGUCACUUGCUGGCGGUAUGUAACACAGAGCAGUUGAGACGCAUUGUUGCUGUUUUCCUCUUGCACCUAAAGCUUUACUUGCCAACUGACAUAAUGUUGGCUUUGACUAUGCUGAAUGAACUACCUAUUAAGUUUUGUGGUAGCUCUGCGAAGAAUUGUUUCGAAGGUAUCAUUUAUCUCUGCUCUGCUCGGGGAGGGCCUUGUUCACUGCUGUACAGCCCACUGUUAGAGGGAACACUCAAUUGGUAUUUUGCUACAAAUUACAGCUCAAACUACUGAUACAUUCCGUAUGCAGUCGAGCAAUUCCAUAUAUUUUCCGUCUGCUUUCUGUAUAAUCUAUAACGGAAUCUACUUCUAAAUGCUUCAGUAAGGAGAUUAUGGCAUAAAGGCAUACAGACUAUUUUUUGAUGCAUAGAUGUCAGCUUAAUGCAACCAGUAUGAAAUGUUUCUUUUUCACUGAAGUUAUAUUGACUUCAUUAUCAGUUGGGUGUUCUCUUUAGCAGUGGACUGGGUUGUGCCAGGCUACUGCUGUCCACAUUGGAAUGAGUUCUCCGCUUCCACAGCUUGGAAGCAUGUGCAUUGUGUGUUUACAAGACUAUUUAAAACAUGGCCAUUUUAAAUCUCAUUGUUCUCCAGCUAAGGCACAGAAUGGAAGAGGUUGAGUCUGUAAUCAAUUUUUUUUAGGUGGAGCAUUUCUUACAGAGUGGUUUUAGUUGCUGUCUUCAUACUGUUUUAGCGGCAUAUUUAUGUGCCAGACCACAACUCCAGGCGAACGUCCUUCUUUUUUAAAAAAAACAUCUGAACAACCAUACUGUGUAACGUAUGUGUGUGAUCACUUGUGCAAUGUUGGUGGGCUGCCAACGGUUCCACUUUUUUUUUCAACGUGAACAAUCCUUUUAUGGCUGCUGCAGCUCAGCAAAAAAUAUGUCUAGUCAUGUUGUGGAUGCAAGUGCAUUUUUAAAACUGUUUUUACAAUGAUCAAUAAAUAUUGGUUGAAAAUGAA